UCCUGCGCCGCUGCCGCCGCCGUCCCGUGGGGAGUGCAGCCGCGAGGAAGGAAGGCAAGGCAGGCCAGGGAGAAGAAGACGAGGAGGGGAUGGCGGCAAUGCCGGCGGCGCUGGUGCUGCUCCUGGUGGCCGCGCUGGCCGCCCCCGCCGCCGCCCGCAUUCCCGGCGUGUACGGCGGCGGCGACUGGCAGAGCGCGCACGCCACGUUCUACGGCGGCAGCGACGCCUCGGGCACCAUGGGCGGCGCGUGCGGGUACGGCAACCUGUACAGCCAGGGGUACGGCGUGAACAACGCGGCGCUGAGCACGGCGCUGUUCAACGAGGGCCUGAGCUGCGGCGCCUGCUUCGAGAUCAAGUGCGAGAACCAGCCCGGGUGGCGGUGGUGCCGCGCCGGGAGCCCCUCCAUCCUGGUGACGGCCACCAACUUCUGCCCGCCCAACUACGCGCUCCCCUCCGACAACGGCGGCUGGUGCAACCCGCCGCGCCCCCACUUCGACCUCGCCAUGCCCAUGUUCCUCCACAUCGCCGAGUACCGCGCCGGCAUCGUCCCCGUCUCCUACCGCCGGGUGCCGUGCCGGAAGUCCGGCGGCGUGCGGUUCACCAUCAACGGCUUCCGCUACUUCAACCUGGUGCUCAUCACCAACGUGGCCGGCGCCGGCGACAUCGUGCGCGCGAGCGUGAAGAGCUCCAGCACCGGGUGGCUGCCCAUGUCCCGGAACUGGGGCCAGAACUGGCAGUCCAACGCCAUCCUCGUCGGCGACGCGCUCUCCUUCCGCGUCACCGGCAGCGACCGCCGCACCUCCACCUCCUGGAACGUCGCCCCGCGCAACUGGCAGUUCGGCCAGACCUUCGAGGGCAAGAACUUCAGGGUCUGAUGGCCCCUCCGCCAUCGUCUUCCUCGUCGCCGCCGGCGUGUGAUUCGGAUUCUGCUGCAAGUGAGAAAAAAGAAGCCAACGUCUUCUCAUACGUAAUUAGUAUAGUCAUUAAGCGUGUGUUAGGGUGGGAAUGUCCGUUCAAGU